AUGUCAGACGCCGAAAUUUACGUGGGGGAACAGCGAGUAGGGACAACGUCCAAUAGCACGCUGGAUGGUGAAGAACGCGUCCGGCAAGGUCUCGCAAAGGCUGCGGAGAUGAAAGACGAGGGGAACAAGUUCUUUUUGGAAAAGAACUGGACGAGCGCAAUAACAGCAUACAAACAAGCGCUCUCAUACCUCCCAUCGCCUCCUGUGCGUGAUCGCAAACAGGACGAAAAGACUGAUGAAGAGACUGGGAUCGAUGCUGAAGAGGGUACAAAAGAUCCAAAUCCACCCUCACCCGGAGUGUCAACGCCACAGCAAGAGGCUGCCGAAAGUCCGCUGAUGAAGGAGUGUUCGACGAUGAGAAUCGCACUAAACUCCAACAUUGCUGCAUGUGAAAUCAAAUUAGAAGCAUGGGAGGCGGCAGUUUCGGCAGCAACAGCAGCUCUCGAUGAGGAACCUCAUCAUCAAAAGGCGCUAUGGAGAAGAGCGAAAGCCAACGAAGCCCUGGAUUCGUGGUCAUCGCUGACGGCGGCUCAACGAGACUAUCAGACGCUCAGGGAUAUCGUUCCGUCAACGCAACCCUUGUACCGUGACGCGACCGCUGCUCUCCGGAUAUUGGAGCCGCGAAUAGAAAUUGUGCGCAAACGUGACACGGACAAAAUGUUGGGUCAGCUGAAAGAAGUGGGCGACUCCGUCCUCGGAUGGUUUGGGUUGUCGACUAAUAAUUUCCAAAUGACUCCAAACGGCCAAGGCGGGUAUAGUAUGAACUUUGUCAGUAACCCAUGA